AAGUGGAUGAAAGAGACGAAGAGAGCGGAGGCAGAGGGGAGAUGGUGGAGAUAAGCAGCGAGAAUACUGGACCUCUAGGACAGUCGGAUGAGAAUUUGGAUGUUGAAGGACAGGAAGAAGAGGAUGACGAGGACGCUGGUGAUAACUGUAAGAGGAAGAAGAGGAAGAAGUAUCACAGGCACACAGCUCAACAGAUUAGAGAAAUGGAAGCGUUAUUCAAGGAGUCACCACAUCCAGAUGAAAAGCAAAGACAGCAGUUGAGCAAGAAGUUGGGACUUUCCCCAAGGCAAGUCAAGUUCUGGUUCCAAAAUCGAAGGACACAGAUCAAGGCGAUGCAGGAGCGCCAUGAGAACUCUCUGCUUAAGUCAGAGAUGGACAAACUCCGGGAAGAAAACCAUCAUAUGAGAGAAGCUAUGAAGAAAGUCUCUUGCCCAAAUUGUGGCUUUAAUACUGUUAGCAACGAUUCUGCAAUAACCACUGAAGAACAACAACUGCGCAUAGAGAAUGCACGACUCAGAGCAGAGAUAGAGAAAUUGCAAGGAAAAUCAGGGAAUUUGCCUGAAGGAACUGCUUCCCUAAGCUCUUCAUGGACUGUGGGAACUGACCAAAACAAUAGGGCCACAAUCAAAGGUUAUGCUGGUUACCUUGGCCUAGAAAAAUCAAAAAUCAUGCAGAUAGUUGACCUUGCUUUGGAUGAACUUAUUAAAAUGGCCACCACACAUGAGCCCUUGUGGAUUCGAAGCAUUGAGACGAACCGUGAAAUACUAAAUUAUGACGAGUAUCGCAAGGCGUUUGUAUCUGAGGCUACAAGUAAUGGAUCUCAAAAUAAGUUAUCAGUUGAGGCAUCUAGAGAGACUGGCAUGGUCUUCUUGGGUAUUUCUAAGCUUGUACAGGCCUUCAUGGAUGUGAAUCAAUGGAAGAAAGUAUUCCCUUGCAUGAUCUCCAAGGCAUCUACUGUUGACGUUAUCUCUGAAGGAGAGAGCGAGACGAGAUCUGGCUUACUACAACUGAUGUUUUCUGAGCUUCAGAUGCUCACUCCAGUGGUUCCAACCAGAGAACUUUACUUUGUUCGGCAAUGCAAGCAACUAAGCGAUAAUAGAUGGGCCAUUCUAGAUGUUUCCAUUGACAAAAUCGAAGAGAGCAUAGAUGUGAACCUUGUAAAAUUCAGAAAGCGCCCUUCUGGCUGCAUCAUAGAGGAAAAGGCCAACGGCCAUUGCAAGGUGAUUUGGGUGGAACACAUGGAAUACAAAAAGAAUGUGAUUCCAACAAUGUACAGGUCAAUUGUUAAUAGCGGCCUAGCGUUUGGGGCUUGGCAUUGGAUUAUGACACUUCAGUUACAAUGCGAGAGGAUGAUGUUCUUCAUGGCAACCAAUGUUCCAGCAAAGGAGUCCAUAGGAGUUUCUACUCUAGCAGGAAGGAGGAGCAUCUUGACGUUGGCAGAAAGGAUGUGUAUAAGCUUUUGCCAUGCAAUGGGUGGGUCACGGAAUCGUGCAUGGACUAGGGUUUCGACAAAGUCAGGAGAUGACAUCAGCUUCACAUCUAGGAAGAACAUAAGUGAUCCCGGUGAGCCUCUAGGGUUAAUUGUAUCUGCAGUCUCUUCGACAUGGCUGCCUGUUGCUUCUCCUGUUCUCUUUGAAUUCCUAAGGGAUGAGUCACGAAGAACUGAAUGGGACAUUAUCCUAUCCAGAGGUCCUGCAGAAACUAUCGUGAACUUAGUCAAGGGAAAAGAUCGUGGCAACUCCAUUACAGUUCAUGUAGGUUGUGACAUAAACAUAUUUAACCAUAAACUUCCCGAUACUACAACUAAGGCUUAUUAUGACGUGAAUAUGCAGGCAACAAAAUCUACGGAGAGGAAUUGUAUGUGGAUUCUACAAGAUAGUUGUACUAAUGCUUAUGAAUCUAUGAUAGUUUAUGCUCCUGUGGAUUCUAAUGGCAUGCAAAAAGUGCUAACUGGUUGCGACUCGAGUGAUAUGGCCAUAUUGCCAUCUGGGUUCUCGAUAUUACCUGAUGGGAUCGAUUCUAGGCCAGUCGUGAUCACAUCUAGACCAGAAGAGAGAUCCACCGAAGGUGGAUCUUUGCUCACAGUGGCAUUUCAGAUUCUGGCUAGUGCAUCGCCUUCGGCAAAGGUAACAAUGGAGAUCGUAGAGAAUGUGAAUACCCUUGUGUCGUGUACACUACAGAAUAUUAAAAGAAGCCUGCACUGCGAUGAUGGAUGACAAAACAUUCAUGAAUGUGAUAUUUCUUAUAGAUUUCUUUUUUUUUUUUUUUUGCUUGACUUGCACCAAUCAGUAUACAAGUAUGAAAUAACUUGUUUGUAAAAAGAUUGUUGAUGUAUACAGUAGGUAAUACUUUCUAAAACCA